CGUUUCAUUCAUUUGUGAAGUUGCGAAUGUGAAGUGUUGUGUAGUGUGUGAGGUGCAAUUUGGACAAUAUUUCUAGUAACCCGUUGGAUUUCGUUGAAUUAUCGAUCGGAUUUCGUAGUUAUUAAAUAUGGGGAAAGAUUACUAUAAAAUUCUAGGACUCUCAAAAGGUGCGACGGACGAUGAGAUAAAGAAAGCAUACCGUAAACUAGCGCUCAAAUAUCACCCAGACAAAAACAAGGCCCCGGGCGCUGAAGAACGAUUCAAGGAGGUGGCAGAAGCUUACGAGGUAUUGUCAGACAAAAAGAAGAGAGAAAUCUUUGACGCUCACGGCGAGGAAGGUCUGAAGGGCGGAGCCGGCAGUCAUGGUCCUGGAAUGGGUCAGUCAUACUCCUACGCCUUCCACGGAGACCCGAAGGCGACGUUCGCUCAGUUCUUCGGUUCCGCAAGCCCGUUCCAGGCUUUCUUCGAUCUGAAUGGCGGAAGCGGUGGCACGACGAUGUUCUUCGACCGCGAUAUGGACGUGGACAUGGAUCCGUUUGCGAACAUGGGCAUGGGGCAGUCGCGGCCGGGAGGCCCCGGCGGCGCGUUCCGCAGCCACAGUUUCAACUUCCACGGUUCGCCAAGCAGAAAAGAGAAGACCCAGGAUCCGCCCAUUGAACAUGAUCUGUACGUGUCACUAGAAGACAUCGCGCGUGGGUGCGUCAAAAAGAUGAAGAUCUCGCGACGCGUCAUACAGCCCGACGGCACGUCGAAGAAGGAAGACAAAGUUCUGACAAUACACGUGAAGCCAGGAUGGAAAGCGGGAACUAAGAUCACCUUCCAGAAGGAGGGCGACCAGGGCCGCAACAAGAUCCCAGCAGACAUAGUGUUCAUCAUCAGGGAUAAGCCACACACUCAGUUCAAGAGAGAAGGCAGUGACAUCAGAUAUACAGCGAAAAUCUCAUUAAAACAGGCUCUUUGCGGGACCAUCAUUGAAGUGCCGACCAUGUCUGGUGAGAAGUUAACAGUGAACCUCCAAGGAGAAAUAGUCAAGCCACACACAGUGAAGAGGUUCCCGGGAUACGGGCUGCCCUUCCCCAAGGAACCAACGAGGAAAGGUGACCUUCUGGUCGCCUUUGACAUCAAAUUCCCCGACCGUCUGUCAUCAGGUGUCAAGGAAAUACUCAGUGAUACUCUGCCUAACUAAGUUAAUCACCACCCAAGACUGCUGUGUAUCUCAUUAGUACAGAUUUAAGUGUAUAAUUGGCUAGUUCCGAUGACUUUCUAGUUGUAGUGUUCAUUUGUCAAAGUAAAUCUUUUUCAAAUUGACUUGGAGACUGCAAAUUCAUACUGAUUAGGCCUUUGGUAUGGACUUGCCUGAUCUCCAAGGAAGCCAUCAGGACUGCAGUUUAUAUGCUCAAUUUGUUGUGAGACAUUCCUACUAGUCAUGUAGGAUGUUAAUUAUGUUGCUGCCUAAUUAAUAUUGGGUCCAGUGUGUGUCUGUAGGACAAUGCCUGGUUUAGCCAAAAUUUGUGUGUUUGAGUGAUCUUUGUGCGUUUUAGUACAAAGUGCUGUUAGGAUGACUGAUUACUUGUUUUGUGUGUGUAUUUUUAUUUAAUUUGGUAAGCUGUAAAUAUUUUAUACAUUGUUAUGUAAAUAUUGUGAUCUUCAUGACAGCGAUUGUAAGUUGUAGGUUUCGGAGCAGAAGGGAAACGUGGAACUAGCAAUUGCAUAUUGUAAGGGUACCAAAGUGGAGUCACCACGUGACAGGUUGUGACAACUCUUUGUGGCCCAUAGGUUAAAUUGUUCGAAUUCUAUUGUAGUAGUGACUUAUAGGCAAGAGUAAGAGAAAACUUAUCACUUAUAAUUGCUGUUAAAAUGACUAACUAAUAAACAAACAUUCAAAAGAU